UGGAAAGGGGGGGGGAUGAGUCAGCCAGGCCUGCCACACCCCACCUCAUAUGAGGUCCCAGCAGCCACCCCCAGCAGCACCAUUGCCUGUCCCCGCGCCCCAGCCAUGGCAGGGAGCUCUAACGUGCCCCACAAGACCCUGCUGCCCGAGGGCAUCCGAGUCGGCACUGUGAUGAGGAUUCGGGGUGUGGUCCCGAACAAGGCUGGCAGGUUCUACGUGAACCUGCUGUGCGGCGAGGCCCCGGGGAGUGAGGCUGCGCUGCAUUUCAAUCCCCGCCUGGACGAGUCCACCGUGGUCUUCAACACCCUGGAGCAGGGCGCCUGGGGCCGCGAGGAGCGAGGCACGGGCGUUCCCUUCCAGCGCGGGCAGCCCUUCGACGUGAUCCUCAUCGCCACGGAGGAAGGCUUCAAGGCGGUGGUCGGCGACUCCGAGUACCACCACUUCCGCUACCGGAUCCCGCCGGCGCGCGUGCGCCUCCUGGAGGUGGGCGGGGACCUGCAGCUCGAGUCCGUGAGCGUCUUCUGAGCCCGCGCAGGCAAAUAAAGCGCAAAUAAAGCGUC